CCCAAACACUACCGCUCGUUUCUCUUUUCAACUUGCAAGAAUCCUCUGAUUUCUCUGACACUAUCCCCUGACAUAAUCUUGUUUUGUGGCCUCUUUUUCAAAAUUAACGUCUACCACGCCCCGCGUAAGGAUGCCGCCCUGGUCCGACCGGAAGACCGGCGGAUCCAAACGGAGCUGCAUUCGGUGCAACCAGCGAAAGGUGGGCUGCGACAAGAAGAGCCCCUGCGGCCGAUGCGCCAAGGCUGGCCUCGAAUGCAUUCAUCCGGGAGAGAAACGAGCCCCUCGGAAGCUGAGACGCCCGCCCGUCGCCGAGAUUUUGGCUUAUCUCAAGGAAUUAGAGGCCGAAGUCGAGAGACUGCGCUCCGGGGCGAGGCCAGACGACCAGUUGGAUCAAACAUCCCAGCCUGCCACUGAGACCGGCUCGCGGAGCGAUGGAGAGGGACUGGCUACGACUUCUCGCGGUCGGCUGGUCGUUCAGGCCGGACGGACCCGGUAUGUUGGGGAUGAGGCCUCGGUCAUUCUCGGGGAUAAGAUCCGAGAAUUGCAGGAAGUAUGCGAUGAAUCCUCAGAGGAGGAUAUUGACCCUCGACUGCGCCCUAGCAAAAUUGGUCCAGCGCCAGUACCGUCCAUAGGAAUUCUGGGAUCCGAUCACGCAGCAGCAGGCCAUAGUCCGCGCGCUUCGAUGACGCCUCUGGCAGUAUCCCAGUUACAGGCACUGUGGGAGAUCUACCGUGUGAAUGUAGCUCCUAUGAUUGCCCUCCUGCACCUACGCUCGAUGGAGUCCAUGAUCCUGCAGGCGGCACAGGAUAACGACAAUCUAGAGCCUGAACAAGGAGCGCUCAUCUCGGCGGUGUGCUUCGCAGCCGUAGUGAGCAUGACACCACGCCAAUGCAUCUCACUAUUUGAUGAGCCGCAUGAUACGUGUAUCGAGAACUACAAACUUGCCACGGAGCACGCCAUAGCAAGGGCGAACCUGAUCAGUACCCAGGACAUCCGCGUCUUGCAGGCCGCCACUUUGUUUCUUCUCUGUCUCCGCCGAUGCGGUGACUCGAGGCUUGUUUGGGCGGAAAGUGCCAUAGUCGUACGGGUCGCACAGCGGCAGGGGCUGCAUCGUGAUGGUCAACGUCUGGGCCUGAGUCCUUUCGAGAUUGAGAUGCGUCGCCGACUAUGGUGGCAUAUUUGCAUUCUCGACAUGCUCUGCUCCGAGGACCAGGGUACAGAUACGCAGAUCCGAUCAGAGAUGUUUGACACGCAAAUCCCAUCUAAUAUUGACAUCGAGGUGAUGGCGCCGGAGUUAGCCACCAUGCCACUCCCAAGCUUGGGCUUCAGCGAUAUCACGCUCUGCAUUGUGCACUGCGAAAUGAUGACCUACCUCUACUGGCCCAGCAAGUCUUUCGACGAGAGGGUCGGUGCGAUGUCCUCGGAGCAGAGAAAAACUAGAUUGCACGACUUAGAGGCCUAUCUGGAGACCAAGUACCUACAGCGACUGGAUCUGGACAGCCCGAUUCAGUGGAUCACGGCGGUCAUCGCCCGGCUGACGCUGUCGAAAGCAUGGCUGGUGACGCGCCUCACUGCUGCACCCGCAGAGCCCACCACCACCACCACCAACGAUGAGAUCUUCCGCAUGGCGGUCGAGACGGUCAAAUUCGCCAACCUGCUCCACCGGGACGUGCGCAUCUCGCAGUGGGCGUGGCUCAGCAAAAGCUACAAGCACCGACACGUCGUGGCAUACCUUCUUUCCGAGCUGUGCAAUCGUCCCAUCUCGCCCGACACAGAUCAUGCCUGGGAAGCUGUCACCCAGAUUUACGAUCAGUGGCAGCACGACGACGUUGAGACGAACGAUAUGCUGCAGAAACCACUAGCGCGGUUGAUGGAGCGCGCGGCCCAUCUGCGGAGAAAGAAAACACGCCAAUCCACGAGGUAUCUCCCCAUCAACGCUGAAAGCAACCCGCUACAGGCAAAACCUGGUCAGUGGAUACCAAGUUCAGGGGCGUCGGACGGACACGACACCGGCCUCAGCACAAACGGGAUGGGCCUGACCCCUUCGCCGGAAUCCGCCCUGGACGUUGCACAAAGUCUGGGUGAAUUUUUCGGUGGCUCUACGUCUGCCAUUGACUGGCUCACCGGAUCAUUGCUCUGAUGAAUACUAACGAGGGAUGAUUCAUCAUCUCCCGAGUGGCGACUGAAUGAGACAAAUCUGGAUGGCACCCGCCCGCCAAGCUUGAGCUCGGGGUUGAGACUCAACCCGCGAAUUAGUAAA